AUGUUUUCAAUGGAGUUAUUUGAAACUAGAAAGGUCGGCAAGCAUUUGUUCAUAUUCGUCAAAGAAAUAGGGGAGAAUGGUAGUGCCAAGGAGCAAACGUUCAUAAAGACAUGUUCCUCCACAGGCGAUUGUAAUAAACUCCCGUCAAUGUUCAUGGAGUAUUUGAGAAGAUUUUUUGAUAUGCUCGACAAAAACAACACUGGCUUUAUUAAAUUAAGUGAUGUUGAAGCUCAUUGGGGAAAAAUCAACGGUGGUGAUAGUGUACAUUCUUGCGAUCCAUUGAAACAUGUACGUAGAGUGACUUCAGAUAAUGGUUUGUUAAAUUUUGAAUUGUUUUGCGAGGGCAUUGGAGAAGCAAUGAAUCGCGAAGAAGCGGUUUCGAUGCCAAAUCAUUCCAGAAGUAGUUCGGUAAAAAAUGGUCAAAAUUUUGUAUCAAAAGAUGGACAUUUAUCUCAGCGUUUUGAAAACCAUAAACAUUCAACUUGUGAAGAUUCGAUACUAAGCGAAUCGGGUGUUCGUAAGAGGAAAAAGAAUCAUGGUGAUCAGUUUAGUACAUGCAAGAAUGAAAGGACAAAAUCAUCUUUAUUGUCCACAGAAUAUAAUGGUAAACUAACCGAUUUUAUUUCAAAAAAAAACUUUUCGGAGUCUGAUAUCUGCAAUGGAUAUUCUCGUCACAGCAUGGAUGAACGUGAUCCGGAAGUUAACAAUAAAGUUUCGCGAAAUUCAACCAAAUCUCGUCCGAAGUCUGUGACUUUUCAAGACGAUGUUAUGACAUCCAAGUUUGAUGAACUUGCGCGUUAUGAAAAGAAAAGAGGUGAUAUGUGCAUGGAAAUCACCGACGAAGGUUUUGUUACUGAACAAUUUAAACAUAAUGGAAUUGUGGAGAGAACGAAACAGUUUAAUACAUCUGAAGUUAUGUUGACGUGUAAAGGAGUUGAAUGUUCAGAUAACGAAGCUUGUAGUCGCAGGAGUAAACACGUUUUGCCUACUGUUCGUUAUUCUGGCAAUCAUUUGAAUGAUGAAGAUGAAAUGAAUGAUUCGAAAAGGGUUGGUGAGCGCUGCAGGCUUACAAAGUCUACACCACCAACUAAAGUGUUUUACAAAGGCCACAUGAAAACAUCUCGAAAGCUUCAACUUGAUGCCAGAGCUCAUUUUCAGACGACACCUAAAAGGGAACAAGAAGAAGCCACUAAGAUUACUACUGCAAAUGAGGAACUAGUUUUGAGAAACGGCCUGCGAGCAAUUGACGAAAUCAAACACCGGUUAUUACGGAGAAUAUCUCAAAUUGAGGAGAAAAAGCUUUACGAAAAACUACAAAUCAACUCUGAUAUAGGUGGAAAAACUUUGGAAGCGUGGAAUAAUUUCACCCUCGAAGCGCUGUCGUCACAUUUCCACGGACUAUUGGGGAUAAUGAAGGAGGCGAAACGACCUUUAUGUAAACAGUAAGAGACCUGCAACAAUGUACUACGAACAAUAUACAUUGAUCACGUGGCUCGUGGUUCCAUGUUACAUAUUGGUCAUUGUGAUGGGGACAUUUGGGAAUAUUGUAGUACUGAAAGCAUACUUGACAAGUGAAAGAGUCUGGAAUCGGUCCUACAACUUAAUCCUGUGUAAUGGAGUUAUCGCAGAUCUGAUAAUCUGUUCCUUUUU